GUGGACGUAUCGUUGCUAUGGUAACCACAUUAAGAAUGACAACAUCAAUAUCGAAAAUGUGAUUUCCAAAGAGAUAAUCCUGGUAAAAGCCAAAAAAUGGAAGAUAUUGCCCCAGAGGUUAUCAAAAAAACUCAAAAAUUAUUAGGAAAGUAUGUCAAAAAGCCACCAUUGACGGAAAAGUUGCUGAGAAAGCCGCCGUUCAGGUUUUUACACGAUGUUAUCAAGGCAGUAAUCAAAGAAACCCACUUUUUAAAAGGAUUAUUUACGGAAAAUGAGCUAAAAUCUGAAAAUGUGACCGACAAGGAUGCAAAAAUUGCAUUUCUAAAUAAAUUAAUCGAGGCUGUCAAGACAGUGACGAAAACAGAUCUACCUGUACGAGCAAGCAAAAUAGUAGCUGGCUUGGAACCAAUAAAUACAAACCUCUUAUUACAAACCAUUGGUAAAGCAUUAGAUGAGAAGAUUGAUUCUUCAGAAUAUGUGUCAAAACUAAAGUCAGUAAAGGGUUCCACUAACGAUAGGACGUCCAAGACAAAAGUGUCCACUAAUCUGAAAAGUAGCUCAAAAACCAGCGUCGAUAAAGAAAAGCAUGUUGAAGUUAACAGGAAGUCAAGUGACACAUCAAGGAGCAAAAAAGUCUCUGGUACUCCAAGAGACCUAGGCAAGGAUAAAAAUAAGCAGAAAAACAAGAUAAACGAUGGAAAGAAAGAGGGCGGAGUAGCUACAUCAAAGAGUGAAAAGGUACCUGCGAAAAUCAUAGAUGCUAACCUGCACGAGCCAGAAGCAGUCAUUGAUACAACGAAACAAGACCUCGAGGAAACAAAAUUCGAGGAAAAUCUAGAGAUUAAGAGUAGCGAUGCGUCUUUGGAAUCACAAACCGAGAGAGAAGAUGGUUCUGAUAAAAAGUUAGAAGAGAAGGCUUCACAUGAUUCCAACGAGGAGUUAAAAAAUAAUGUUGUAUUACCGAGGCCAAAAUCAGCAAAGCCUAAAAGCGGUGAGCUGCACUCUAAACUGAGGCAAAACAGCAAGGAUGAAGCACAAAAUGGAUCAGGCACGACAAACUUGGAGCCAGCCGUUCGAACGAUCGAUCCUACCGCUCGGCCGAGAAGCAGUUUACGACCACCCAGCGUGCGUCCGUCCAGCGCUCGACCCGGCGCACCGAGGUUGCGUCCCGACUCCGCGCUGCCCAUGAAGGAGCCGGUGGCGAUGGGCGGUGUCAAAGUCAUCGUGGAGAAUGUUGACACUCAGGACGACGACGAUACGGUGGUUGUGGAGAAUGUCGACGUGAAGGAAGAGGAAGAGCAGCAGCCGAAUGUCGAAAUACCAUUAGACAACAAAGGUCAUCUCGUUGAACAGAUCUUAGAACAGAUACAAGAGGAUGAAGGAAAGAAGAAAAUUGAAAUAGACUGGGAGUACGAUUCUCACGUAAAAGAUGCAGUAUCGAAAGAAUUAUCACAUUUGCGUAUGCUGAUUCAGAAUGUUACAAAAACAACUAGUCCUCUAGGCAAGCUCAUGAACUAUUUACACGAAGACAUAGAUUCUAUGUAUUCAGAACUGGAGAUGUGGACCAGUACUAGAAAACAAUUAUAUUCCGAGAUUAAAAAGAAGAAAAAACUCAAUGACGAAUCUAUGAAGCCAAUGUACGAGAACCUCGGUCACCUCUCCGAGGAUAUGAAAAAACUUCAACAAGAAAUAUUAAGUGUACAAAGCACCAUAAUUAGAAAUGAUUUAAGGAUAAAAGAAUUGUUAUCUAAGUAGUUGUUACGGGAUCAAACAUGAACAAUAAAAAUGAGACCAAACGUAUAGUAAU